AUGUGUAGUAGUUUUAAAGAAUUUGUUACGAGAGACGACAGUGACUUGGAUCAAACAUCAGAUUUGAGUGAAGAUUAUAAUGGUGGAAAUGCAGGAAACGUUGUUCCACUCAUAUCUGAUUCGGAAGAUAGAGAAAACAGCAUCAAUGAUAGGAUAGACAAUUUCAAACCCAUAAUACAUGCACUUAACGAUCAAAAUUCUGGAAUCAAAGGAAAUUUAACUCCAGAAUCCACACCUUUAGAUGCUUUCCAACUUUUCUUUUCAGAACAGUUAGUUUCUCAUAUUACAGAGGAGACGAACAAUUAUUUUAAAUUUGUGAUCGAAAAUACUACAUCUAAAACGCAUUCUCGUACUAAUUCUUGGAAAUAUGCACACAUAUCAAUAUGCGAGAUGUAUGGAUUUUUGGUCAUCAUAAUGUCAAUGCCGCGGAUGAAGAAAUUGACUCUAAAUGAGUAUUGA